CAUGAGCUGGCGGAAGAGCUGGGAUUAGCUGAUGGGAAAGCUGAAGGAGCUGAAGGAGUCAACGGGCUGAUUUGCCAUUGGGCAGUGAGUAAAAGUAGUCUGAUGAGGAGAAUGAAAAGACUUCGGAUACAACUCAGAAAAUGUCUUGAUAGUCCCAUUGUUAGGCAAAUGGAAAGCCUCAGACGAAAAAUAGAGAAUAUCUCUGAGAAAUCCAAAAGCUCCAAAGAGAAACCUGAGAGCGUCCAUGGCUAGCUCCUCCUUUAAGUGUAGAAGACGAAUAUCCAACAAGAGAUAGAGAAAGCCAGAUGAAGAAGACCAGGUGAAAAAUAAACAGCAAUAGACAGCCAUUAAAACGAUGAGCCCUUGUAUGAGUAUUCAGAAUAGAGACCUGCAAAAAUGAAGAAAAACCAGGCUAGGCAGGAAUUCCAAUUGUCAGAGCAAACGUAUAUGUAGAUCCAUGUACAGUUGAUCCAAGAUUUUUCCCAAAAUUCAAAUGCAAAGGGAUCCACAAAUAGCCUUCCAGAAUCUGAAAAAAUCCAAGAAGAGUCUUCCACGAAGAGUCAA